UGUCUGUCCGUCUGUCUGUCUGUCUUGUUAAUGCCUACAGGAGAAUCAGUUUACUCUUUCCUACAAUAACGUCAUUGGUUGGUUUCCGCUCUCCCGGUUUGCUGCUGCUGCUUCUUCUGGGUUAAACAAUUUAAGAGAGAAAUAACAUCGUCGCAGAAUCGUAACGUACCGUGCAAUAACCCGGCGAAAACAACAGAAGAGUGAGUGACUGAGCGUCAACACUUAACUUCCUGCGUGAAAUGAUUUCGACAUUUGUCCCUUUUCCACGCACCUAAGAACUCCACGCUACCACGAAUGCGAGUCGUUCGUUGGUUUCUUCCUUCAAAGAAAUGUAGGCGUGCUAGAGAACCAAUUGGCAAUCAGGUGGACGUCGAGUUGCAUGGCGACGCACUUCCGAGUGUCGUCUAGGCAUCUAAUAUAUAAUAAACGAAUAAUGUAUUUCUCAACCUGAGUUACCCCGGGGAUUUUUUUUGUUUUGUAAGACAUCGAAAUCAUAAAGAGAUCUGUUCUUUUCACAAACUACGAAUUUAUCACUAAAGAUGUUUGUUUUUUUUACUAUGAAUUUGACGGAAUAGAAAAUCAUAGAAAUGAAUCUAGAUUGUGCUAUCCGAUCAGAUGAACAACAACAUACGUUUUUCACAGAAAGUGAGUUGGUAGGAAAACGUUAGGAUGUCGGAUGCGUUUCCUGACCUCAUAUAAAGCUCAAAGACGAUAUGAAGCAUUUUUAAAUUAUAGUAGCUUCCAAUUGCGUAAUGCCUAGUAUAAUAGCGUAAGCAUUAGGAACACCGAAAAAGCGAGAAUCCGGGACCGUAGCUAGUGGUAACAUAUCUGCCUACAGAAUGAGUUUUCCGCAGAACGCAGCAGCAAACAACGUUCCAUUGUGUGUGUAUGGGUGCCUCAGUUAUUUUCUGUUGAUCAGUUGAUUGCCUUCGGCUGUGAUGAUGAUCCCGAAAACUAGAAAAUCGAUUUUAUAUUGGAUAAGCAAGAAUUAAAGUUACGACCCGGAGUGCCAUCAUGUAACUGGGUUCCAUGCCUUCGCGGCAAAGUCCUAAAGGCCCAAAAGAUCACCGGCCAUGACAACACUUCUAUUGCCACAUCUUUUUUCCUCAAUGCAUGGAUAUUUUAUUCAAAAUAUCCGUGACGGAAGGAUGAGAAGGAUCUAGGUGGAGCAGUUCAUAAUAGAAGCCAACUGCAGAAUUGGUUUACAGCCGAGCCUUGAGUAGAGAAACAGUGAAGCCUCUCGCCAUGGCGGAAGUCUCGACGAUGGUCGCACUGGUGUUCACUACAAUCGGAGUGGUGCUAGCUGUAGCCGUUUAUCUCUGCAAGAAGAUUCAGCGCGUCAAACGGGCUAGACGUCACGGCUGGAAGUACUCCCGGGUUCCAACGGCUCAAGGAACAUGCGGCUCUACGUUAACAGGUGGCCAGUUGCAAGGAUCAGGUAGCAGUGCUCCUUCAGGCGGCGGAACCAGUGUAGACGACGGAAUAACAAAUGGAACCAUAGGGAGUAGUCUCGUUGGUUUUCAGCCGGGCCCUCAGUCUGAGACGGACUGCCUCGUCAGAGCCUCUUCGUCCGAUGAUGACGAAUCAGAGACCUCCAAUGACCAGCCCGCCACCAUUCAGAUGUCACGGAUUUUUUUUCAUAGGUGGAGACUGAAAUGGUGAAUAAAACGACUGUGGCCCCCAAGUCUGGGCGAAAGUUCGUCGAACAGGAGACGGACGAAGAACUUCUGCAGUGACCACCAGAUGUAGCAGCAGAAUCAGAGUUAAUAGAGUGUUGUUGAAAAUGGCACCGAUGUACUACGUUGAAAACUCGAAUGAUGAAAAGUGUCUAGCUAUAGCGAAUUAAAUAGAAGAGCAUAGUAUCAGCACAAUGAUCGUCAUUACACUGAUGAUUGCAUCAACUGACUAAACAGGUGAUGUAAUCUUAGCACUCUUGACUGGCGAGCGGUCGUUUAAAUGUAAAGGCAUCCAAGUAAUAUCUUUAGAUAUCUAAUGCAGAAAAGGCUUUUUUCAAACAAUCACUUUCUAAGAGCUUUUAAGUUGACCACGGACCACAAGCAUCUACACAUCGCAACGGUCAAAUGGCUACCAGCCAUUGCGGCAGAGUAUACACGUAAAAAUCCCACGUGGCCCAAAAAGUUCUUUGUUUCAAUACGUGACUGUUUUACCUUCCAUCAAACAAAGCAAAGCCUAAUCUAAAUACUGAUCCAUUCAGACUAAGUUCUAAUACUAACGAAAUUAGGAGAUAGUUGAGAUCUCAAUGUGCAUGUGAUUCUAAUUGGCCAGUGAUUGAUUAAUAAGUCAGAACAAGUAAAAGCAAUUUAGACGCCAAAGCAGCAAAAACCAAAGAAAUGUUCCAAGCCGGCACGCACACUGUAGAAAUAGAAUGAAAUGGAAAUUCUAUUAAUAGCAUUAUUUCUUUCUAAUAAAGAAGAAAUACGUUUGACAGUCUAUAGAGUUACCUCAAUCGCUAUAGAAAUGUUAGGAAUAUCAACUCAAUAAAAAUAAAUGCCCACGUACGAAUAAUUAUCAAACUGUAGAACUUAGGAAGAACAAACACAUACAAUAGCCUAACUAGUGCGCCGGCGACAUUCUGUGAUUAAUUCUGAGCAAACGUGGUGGUAGAAUGUAAAAAGAGUUUCAAGCUAAUUUAGUUUUUUAGGGAAAAACAGCUUGAAAACUUCUUUCCAUUGUUGUCGCGUUUAUGGUCUGGGUCGAGAUCUGGUUAAGCCUCCAGAGAAAUAAUCUUUCCGGAUCAUAGGAACGGCCGCAUCUCGAAAUAACGUAAUAUAUACGGUCGAAAUAAAAGAGAUUGAAACCAUACAAAAAUUUUGAGUAAAUCAAAUGCAUUUUUAACGCGAUGAAAGUUCGAUAACAUAGAAAACGACGUAUGUCCGUUGUUACGUUAUAUCAAUUUACUGAUUCAAAAAAAUGCCGCGAAUGUAUCUAUAAUAAUUUUUGAGUAAGUACAGACUUAUAUUUGCUUCCAUUUAAACCAAUAAAUCAAUAAAUUUUUCAUCAGACCUAACGGUUAACAAACGUUUAUUGGUUAUUUUGUUCGCUAUCGUUAAGUGAAUACGCUAUACCUGCCACAUGAUUCAUCUUUUGUAAUCAUCGGUUCUUCAGUAGGCUUAGACAAGCCUUUUGGCAGUCUUUUACUGACUGCCAUAUUACAACACUUUUCCAACAUGUCAUUGCCAUAGUAUAAGGUCAAAAGCACAUUCCGAUAACUCAUAGUGAAUAAUAAUAAUAUAAUAUUAGCCUUACUACAUGUAUAUCGAAAUGGAGGAAAUAUGGUCUCGGUCUGGAUCGGUCUAACGGAAACAGAAUAUUCAUUUAAGGUCAAACCUUUACGUUUAUUAUUAUAAUUCACUAUGAGUUAUAUAUUAAGGAAAAACAAAGCGCGAUAUCUAUAGUAUCAGGAAAAAUGCAGCUAAUCAUCUGUAAUAGACAUAUUCUAACAACGAAAAGAAAACUAAAAUUGAUUACUCAUCCUUUAUUAGUUAAAAUGCGCCCUGAACUUGAGCUUGUGUAUGGCAGAGUGCAGUUAGUUCUGAAACAGUCUGAAACAGCCGAGGUUGAAUUUUCAUUGAAAGAAUAUGUAUUAGGGGGAAAAACUUAAAAUCCGCGUUGCAGACGGGCGAAUAAUAGAAUAAAACGAACGGAGACCUUACGAUAACAAACAAUAGGUGAUGAAGAAGCGUGCGCUUAUGAAAGGAUGCUGUAGCCAACAGUUUCCAGAAUGACGAGGGUGGUAAUACAAUUUAUGUUUUCCAGUUCAUUCGGGUAAAAUAUUCUUGUUAAAUGAACCCAAAAUAAGUAUAAGA